ACACCUUACCUACUUUCAUCAAAAGAAAUAAAAAACAACACUAAUAAAUAAUGAACAUGAUUUUAGAUGUAGUAGGUAUUAUUCUGGAAUACUCCUCGUCGGAAACAUAUGGAACGCAUUUCCCUCAAAACGCAAAAACCGGGGCCCCGAGCCCUCGACACCAACCCCGUCGGAUGUGAAGCCGACGGCCCAGAUGGAGGCCAGCGGUGCCAAUGCGUAGGCCACGCGUGCCUCUGCGCAAAUCUUAUCUCCCGGGAGGCUCCGCUCCACUUCCCUUCCCGAGUCACUCAAACCAUCCAAUCCCUCCACCUUCCCUUCCCUUGCCCCCAUUUCCCACCGCUGCCGCGCCUUGCCCCCAUUCCCCACCGCCGCGGUGCGGCCGCCGACGACCUCCACACCUCGAGCACGCGUGCCGCCGACGAGGUGCCCUUCUCUCUCUCACUCUCGUCUCCCCCAUUCCUCCCCUCUUCCCGUGUCCCGUCGUCCACAGCUCCCCGACCAAAUCCCUAGCCCUACUAUUCCCCACCCACCAGGCCUCCCUCGCGCGGUCACGCCGCACGAUCGGGCCCGACAGUGCCGCCGCUUCUUGCCCUACUGCCGCGGUUCUUUAAGAGGUUGUCCUGAUUUGCUGCAGCCCAGUAGGUAUUGUAUAUUUUUCUCGUUGGUAAAUUUGGCAGCAAAAAAAAAAGUGUUUAAUACCGAAUGUUAUAAACCCGAGCAUCUCAUGGUGUCUAUAUAUCAGCAUAUAUGAUAUGUUAGGAUUGGUAAGGAUGCAUAUCACACGAUUACAAUUACCAACUCCACCUCGAAGAUAAUAAGCCCAAUAGUCUAACCCUAAAAUCCCUCCCUACCUGUCCGUUCCUUUUCUCAACGAUUCCCAGAAGCGCCGCUUAUCCUCGAGCCGAGUGGCCGACAGCGCCGCCCAGGAGUCGAGGAGUCGUAGCUCGUAGCGCCACCCUUCCUUGUGCGCGCGGUUGUGCCCUUUCUCGCCGCCGGUCUCCCCGCUUCACCUCGCAUCCUCAACGUCAACAGCUGCCAUCCGCUCCUCACGCUGGCUAUCGGGAAGGUCAGUAGGUCACGCCGUCUCCUUCCCUACUUGCCUCCGGCCACCCUAAGACCCCAACUCGCCUCUUCCUCGCGCGAAUCGCCUAGUUACCCGGCGGGCGACACCCCUACUCCCGUGUGGCCGCGCGUCCUCGUCGUCUUGCUUGCCCUGCUUUCUUUGGCUCACGAGCCAAACGAGCCCGCUCGAGCUAGACAACUAGCCGAGCCUAGCUUGGUUUUCUAGCUCGUUAGGAUAAUAAGCCGAGCCUAGCUAGACCGAGCCGAGCUGGCUCGACAUCCACCCCCUACACGCGUGCCUUUGCCCAAAUCUUAUCUCCCGGGAGGCUCACUUCCCUCCCCGAGUGGCUGCGACGACCUCCGCAGCUCGAGACGAGGUGCCACUUCUUCUUCUCUCUCUCCAUCCCCCAUUCCUCCCCUCUCUUCCCGUGUCCCGUCGUCCACAGCUCCCCGACCAAAUCCCUAGCCCUACUAUUCCCGCGCCCGCCCCUCCCUCGCGUGGUCACGCCCGACAGCGCCGUGCCGCCACCGCUUCUUGCCCUAUUGCCGCAGUUCUUCAAGAGGCUUUUGUCCUGAUUUGCUGCAGCCCGCUAGUAUAUUGAAGGUUGAAGCUUUGUGGGUAUCCAGCAAGUAUUUCAAUGGCGUUGCUACAGUUUGGAGGUACCUUGGCCCCCAAACUUGGGGAAAAACCUCAGCUGUUGCCCAGGUCACCUGCACUUACAAGAGUUAUUUAUGCUGAUCCAAGAUUUCUGGUGUCGAAAAGUGGUAGUGGAGGCAGGCUUAAACACCUUGUAUCACCUACUGCUAGUUUACAAUCACGGACAUCUUCUCGACUAUUUAACCAUGCACCAUCACCGAGAUUUCGCCAUCGAAGGAGUUCAAGGUUCAUUGUCAGAGCUGAUGCUGAUUUCUAUUCCACACUUGGUGUUUCAAGAAAUGCUAGUAAAUCUGAAAUCAAGAGUGCCUAUAGGAAGCUUGCUAGGAGCUACCAUCCUGAUGUGAACAAAGAUCCUGGUGCUGAACAAAAGUUCAAGGAUAUUAGCAAUGCUUAUGAGGUUUUGUCUGAUGAUGAGAAGCGAUCAAUCUAUGAUAAAUAUGGAGAAGCUGGUUUGAAGGGUGCUGGAAUGGGAACAGGAGAUUACUCAAACCCAUUCGAUCUCUUUGAAUCAUUAUUCGAAGGCUUUGGUGGAAUGGGGGGAAUGGGAGGCCGUGCUGCUCGGAACAGACCAAUGCAGGGUGAUGAUGAGGCCUACAAUCUGGUACUCAAUUUCAAGGAAGCGGUGUUUGGUGUAGAGAAAGAAAUUGAGAUCACCAGACUGGAAGGCUGUAAUACAUGUGAUGGAACUGGUGCCAAGCCUGGAACGAAACCAACCACAUGCAAAACAUGUGGAGGACAGGGACAAGUGGUCUCCUCAACAAGAACGCCACUUGGAAUAUUCCAGCAGGUCUCCACCUGCAAUACUUGCGGAGGCACUGGUGAAUUCUCUACCCCGUGCAACACUUGUGGGGGUGAUGGCCGAGUGCGGAAGACAAAAAGGAUCAGUCUAAAGGUUCCUGCUGGUGUUGAUUCUGGAAGCAGAUUGAGGGUCCGGUCUGAGGGGAAUGCUGGGCGGAGAGGAGGCCCUCCUGGAGAUCUUUAUGUGUUUAUUGAUGUUCUCUCUGAUCCUGUUCUUAAGCGAGAUGGGACAAACAUUCUAUACACAUGCAAAGUUUCAUAUAUUGACGCAAUUCUUGGGACAACCGUCAAGGUUCCCACUGUUGAUGGGAUGGUUGACCUGAAGAUCCCCUCCGGUACCCAGCCAGGCACAACGUUAGUGAUGUCCAAGAAAGGUGUCCCACUCCUCGGGAAGUCAAAUGCUCGUGGAGACCAGCUAGUGCGUGUGCAGGUCGAGAUUCCAAAGCGUCUGAGCAGCGACGAGAGGAAGCUGAUUGAAGAACUUGCAAACCUAAACAAGGCUCAAACAGCAAACAGCAGGAGAUAAUUCCAUGAGGCUUCAUUGGACAAAAUGCUUUGGCAAUAUGCAAUUUUAACGCAAAUUGCAGUGACUAAGUGAGCAUGAACUGGUAAAUCACUUCACAAACUGUACGCUCAUGCUGCGCCGUACCAUCGGUGGGAACUGUGAAUUCUCAUGUCUGUAACUUCAUUUUUAAGCCAUAGAAAUCUAGUUCCAUCCAAAACACCAAAACGGAUGGUGUUUUACAGUAGCUUGUCAUAUGCUUUUAGGCGAGCUUAUUAGUCUAUUUUUCAUAAUACUUUUUCACAAUUUUGAAAGGCCUAGGGAGAAAUAUUUAAUGGUGCAAAAGGGACGAGUUUUGAAACAUUUGUUUGUCGCAGAAGCACCAGACCAUUCUGAUUGUUAUUGUAAGCUGUAACAUCAAAGUUUUGGCAGCAGGUUUUCAUGUGCUCUUAAGCGUUGGGGGUUUGUUC